CCGGCUCACCUACGAGCACCUGUACUUCCGCAUGAUCCGCCCUGAAUAAACAUUUUCAACUGAGAAUGGCGGGGAUCCACAUACACGAAGGCCCCGAGUUCGGGAUCGGGGAUUUCGUUCUCUUGGAGGAGGUUUCCCUGAACAAAUUUAUGGAAAACCUUCAUCUAAGGUUUGAAAAAGGCAGAUUCUACACAUACAUUGGUGAAGUGGUGGUGUCAGUCAACCCGUAUCGUCCACUUAACAUCUACGGCCAGGACUAUGUGGAGCAGUACCAAGGAAGAGAAAUCUACGAGCGGCCGCCGCACAUUUUUGCAAUUGCUGAUGCUGCCUAUAAAGUAAUGAAGAGGAAGUCACGGGAUACUUGCAUUGUGAUUUCAGGUGAGAGUGGUGCUGGUAAAACUGAAGCCUCUAAAAUCAUAAUGAGGUAUAUAGCAGCCAUAACAGGAGUAAGUGGACAGAAGGAGGUCAACAGGGUCAAAGACGUCUUGAUCAAGUCCAAUGCAAUCUUGGAAGCUUUUGGAAAUGCCAAGACCAACCGUAAUGAUAACUCCAGUCGCUUUGGCAAAUAUAUGGACAUCAACUUUGACUUCAAGGGGGACCCAAUCGGAGGCCAUAUUAAUAAUUACUUACUAGAAAAAUCAAGAGUGGUGUACCAACAAAAAGGAGAGAGGAACUUCCACUCAUUUUAUCAGCUUCUAUCAGGUGCAGCAGAAGAAAAACUAGCAGAGCUGAAGUUAAAGAGAGAUCCCACUCUGUACCACUACACACGCCAGGGAGACUCACACAAGGUGUCUUCCAUCAAUGACAGAAAUGACUAUAGAUCAGUACAGGAUGCCAUGAAAGCUACAGGGUUCUCAUACAAAGAUGCUGAGACGUUGUGGAAAAUAGUUGGUGCUGUGAUACACUUGGGUGAGGUGAAAUACCACACGGAAGAUGACCAAGUGGUGGUGGAGAACCCCGACCAGCUGACCACGAUAGCCAAGUUGUUGGCCAUAGACAGAGACAUGCUGGAAAAGGCACUGUGUUUCCGCGUGGUGGCUGCAGCAGGAGAGGUCAUGGAGAAAGGUCACACGGCGGCAGAAGCAGUGUAUGCCAGGGACGCAUUUGCUAAGGCAAUGUAUGAUCACAUGUUCACUUGGAUUGUGGGAAGGAUAAAUGAAGCAAUCGAAGUGAAACGCGAUGUUGUCCAACAUGGUCGCAACACUGUCAUUGGGGUACUUGACAUUUAUGGAUUUGAAAUCUUUGACAACAACAGUUUUGAGCAGUUCUGUAUCAACUACUGCAAUGAAAAGCUACAGCAAUUGUUCAUAGAGCUGGUGCUAAAACAAGAACAAGACGAAUACAUGAGGGAAGGCAUAGAGUGGCAACACGUGGAAUACUUCAACAACGAGGUAAUCUGCCACCUGGUGGAGAAACCACAUAAAGGGAUCAUGGCUAUCUUAGAUGAGGCUUGUCUCAAUGUCGGGAAGGUCACAGAUGUGAUGUUUCUCCAUGCCAUGGACCAGAAGCUUUCUGACCACAAACACUACACUAGCCGCAGGCUGGAACCUGCUGACAAAACUCUAGAACAUGACCGAGACUUCCGAGUAAAGCAUUACGCUGGAGACGUGAUGUACUCUGUCAUUGGCUUCAUCGACAAAAACAAAGACAUGUUGUUUCAGGACUUCAAGAGACUGUUGUAUGGAAGUGAAAAUGCCAUGAUCAAAUCGAUGUGGCCUGAAGGUGCUAAAGGUGUCACAGAGGUGAACAAACGUCCAAUCACAGCAGGCACUAAUUUCAAGAAUUCUAUCAUUGCUUUGGUUGAAAAUUUGGCCUCUAAAGAGCCCCACUAUGUCCGUUGCAUUAAACCAAACGAGGAAAAAUCUCCCGUUUUGUUCAAUGAGACAAGGGUGCGACAUCAGGUGCUAUAUUUAGGAUUGCUGGAGAACGUGCGUGUGCGCCGUGCUGGCUUUGCGUAUAGAAUGUCCUAUGUAAAAUUCCUGGAAAGGUAUAAGUGUAUCUCUUCCUCCACUUGGCCCACAUUCCGGCGAGGGGCUGAAAAACAAGGUGUUGAUAUCAUUCUGAAUGAGAGAGGAUUUGGUCAAGAUGUCCAGUAUGGUAAGACCAAAAUCUUCAUCAAAUCACCACAGACGGUCUUUGCGCUGGAGGAGGCAAGGGCAGCCAGGAUACCUUCACUGGUGGUCUUCUUACAGAAGUACUGGCGUGGCGGCACUGCCAGGCUGAGAGCCAAGAGAAUGAGAGCCAUUUACAAGAUCAUGGCCAGAUUCAGACGCUACAAGUUACGAAACUACAUUUUGAAGCUAGUCAAUACAUUUAGGAAUGUCAGAAGCAUGAAGGACUAUGGGAAGAGCAUCAAGUGGCCUGACCCGCCACCUGUAUUGAAGGGACUCGUCUCCCAACUACAGAAGACCCACCAGAGGUGGCGAGCCUACAUGAUCCUUAAACCCAUCCCAGAGGCAGAGCGACCUACAUACCGCCUGAAGAUAGCAGCUGCAGAAGUCCUGGGGCGCAGGAAGGAGUGGGGUUUUCAGCGCAAGUGGCUGGGGAACUACUUGGCGGAGUCCUCGGACAACAGUAACACACUGCCUUAUGUGGACCAGCUGACCAAACUGAAACAUGCUGAUGGUUUCAGUAAAGUGCUUUUCUCAAUGCAUGUGAAGAAGGUGAACCGUCACAACAAGACUGCCGACCGUGCUAUUGUAGUCACUGACAAGUACAUCUAUAAACUGGACCAGAAAAAGAAAUACAAGCCUAUGAGACACGGCACACCAAUCACUGAUGUGACAGGGCUGAGUAUCACCCCAGGUCCAGAUCAGCUAUGUAUCAUCCACCUCCAGGGGGGCAAUGAUCUGGUCGUCUACCUGGUCAGCCCAAAGUCCGAGGAGAGAGUCGGGGAGCUAGUCGGAGUGGUCAACAGGCAGUGGCAAAAGAGCCAAAAUAGAAACCUACGAGUGAUCAUAGACAAUACACUGCAAUGCAUGCUGGGAGAUAAGCCUCGACAGAUCACCGUCCAAGAGAGCAAUGGACCCUCGACAACAUUCCGUAAGAACGGCAAUGGACUUGUAUUGCAGUGGGUUCCAUAAUUACAAACAUCAAGGAGUUCAGCUAACAGAUAAAAUGUGGGGUCCACAGAAGUGAAUUUCACGGAGUCCUUCCUGCACAAUAACAUUAAUCAAGUACAGUAGUAACAUGGACUUUUUAGAUUGUGAAAAGAUGGUGCAAUUUGAAAAAAAUUUAAUUCAUCCAGAUAAUUCUGACCACUUAUUAGAUUAUUUACUGUACAUUAAAAGUGUUGUGCCUGUAUUUUGUAUAGUUUGCUUACUUGCUCAAUUUCUGAUCAGUUAUCUGAAAGUUUACAAUAUAUAAAAUUGAAUGCCACCCCCAUAAAUCAGCUGUUUUAUAAUCGUACGUCUUCAAAUUUGUGCUCUUUAGUUCUCUUCAUUUUGAUGUAAAGCUUCAUUUAACUGUAGAUAUUAGAUAUAUCUACAAUCAUUACCGAAGCGAAAUCAUUUGUCCAGCUAGAGCCAUUCACAAUGAUGAUUUUGUAGAGUAAAUUAUUAAAAGAGCAUUAUAUGUCAUACAUUUUUAUACAUAUUAUUCACAUACAUUUUUGCUUUAGAUAUACAUUGUUCAGCUGGAGAGUUGUACAGUCUGAUUCAAACUGGAGAUGCGUAAUUUACUGGCAAGGGAUGAGAUAUUUAUACUAAUAAUAAUAAUAUAGUUAUAAUAAUAUAUUUAUUAUUAUUAUAGAUAUGAGUUAGAGAUGAGAUAUUUAUGCCAUGAACAUUUAUGUUAUGGAAAUAUUGGUUAAUAACAGAUUACAUAUUUACAUCUAUCACAAUUCACAGUUUUUACAACUGACACUGUCAGUAGUAUAAAAAUGUCAUGAAAAGUGAAAGAUACCAACACUAAUUGCGGCCAAAGAAGUGCUAAAGGUCAGAAAGAAUAUACAAGCAUUAUUAUUGUGUGUUUUGUCAAUUAUUAUUCAUAAUAAUUUAAAUGUUUGCCUUUCUUUCAGCUGCUUGUGAUUAGAAAGUAUGUUGAUUUAACUUCAUUAUUAUGUCUAAAUAUUAAUUUCUGUAACUUGUCUCAUUAGGAGAUCAAUAUGUUACUUAAGAAAAAAUGUUUUAAAUUCAAAGGUACACCAGUUUAUCUUAUUUUUGAAAAAAAAAUUCAUUUUUUUACAGCAAUUUAAGUGAUAUAAACUUUGUUUUUGUAAUGUUCCAACAUUUGCCUUCAGAAGGACUGUGGAAUCUCUAUGACCUACUCGGCUCCUAAAAUCCCCAUUACGUGUUUAUAUAAAAUUGCAUAUAAUGCCUUGCUCUGUACAAUCUCGUUAGCUUACGGUUUAUAUUCCCCUUCUCCCUAAGAGUGCAUUAUUCACAUGCCCACUGCCUUGUUUAUCUAAUACUCCAUAGUGCCUGAAAUGUGGACUUUUUAUAACCCUACUAACUGCCAUAAGGACUUCUUGUGUUAGCUGUGCCUAAUCUGAUUUCUUUUAUCAGAGAGGUAACAUUUUCUACUUGCCGCUUGGGUAACAAGUCACAUUUACCUAAUAAUGACCCACCUGUCAAAGCAAAUGUCGCAAUGUUUAUUUUUGAAAAGAAGAAUUUAUGGUUGUCUUUCUUUGGUUGAUGAAGAAGUUUCUAGAUUGCGCUAUAUAAAAUCUUUAAAAAAAUGCAUUUCUCCCCCCCCUCCAAAGAUAUGCAAUUUGUCACAAGGUUCCCCUGAAAAAAAUGUUUUGUAUGUUUUACUUACCAACCUUGACCUUGGCUUAGUUUACCUUGACCUUGGUGUAAUACUUUAAUCAUGGACUCCAAGAUGUAUAGAAUGUUACUUGUACAUUAUGUCAUAUAAUUUGUAUUCGGUGUAUUUGCAUUUAGAUAAGGAUCUAUUGUAUAUGUUUUCAUCUAAUUGUAAAACCAUUUUAUAUAACAUGUAAGUCUUCAUAUUAAAAGAUGAUAUAGGAAACGGAUUUCAUGUAUGUAAUAUAGGCCUAUAAGAUGUAAUACUAUUUUGUUAUGUACUCUUUCAUUUCAAUACUUCGAAAUACUAUAGGGCUUUGAGCUUUGUUAAAGAAUUGAAAAAAAAAUACUUUCAAGAUUGUAUCUGGACAAUUAUAGUAGGCCUAUGUUUUUUCCUUAUUUUAUUAAGUUUUGGGUCUAUUUCUACAAGUUUGGUAAUAUUUUUUAUCUCUGUUGGUGAUUGCAUUUAUUUAUUUUUUUUUCUAAGUUUUUCAUUAAUCGGUGCGUUGAUUAAAAGGCCCCAAUGCACAAAAUAAGCGGAAGUGUUAAGUUUGUCAUAACUUUGAGACAAGAACCUUACGUGUACUUUCACCCGGAUAAUUGAAUGGUCAUUAAUCCACAAACAUAGGCCGACAUGUAAAACGACUGGACGUGUUUCACAAACAAAUAAAAUAGCUUAAUAAAUAUCUAGAAAGUCA